UGCUAAACUGAAGCUUCCUUUGAUGCGUCUUCUUCCCCCUUUCUUCUCUCCCUCUCUCAUUGUGGCAAGAUGAAGGUCGAUUUCAUCAUUGAGCUUCUCUGGGGGAAAAACAGCCCAAACCCUCAAAUUAUCCCAAAACUAACCCUACUCUCCAUCUUCGCCAUUCUUCUUUUCACAGUUACCCCACUGAGUUUCCCCUUCUUUGGAUCUCUGAAGAGAAUCGUGUUCACAUCACCACCAGAACAGUCAUCUUCUUCUUCUGCAGAUUCAAUACUCUUGCCUUCUUCUUUAUCUUCUUCAGGAAACAAGUGUGAUAUUUUCAGUGGGGAAUGGGUCCCAAACCCAAAGGCUCCAUACUACACAAACACGAGUUGCUGGGCGAUUCAUGAGCACCAAAACUGCAUGAAAUAUGGCAGACCAGACACAGAGUUCAUGAAAUGGAGAUGGAAGCCAAAUGACUGUGAGCUUCCCAUAUUCAAUCCCUUUCAGUUUCUUGAUAUUAUGAGGGGCAAAUCCAUGGCUUUUGUUGGAGACUCUGUCGGCAGAAAUCAGAUGCAGUCCCUCGUUUGCCUCCUUUCAAGGGCUGAAUGGCCAAUAGAUAACUCAGAAACACAAGAUGAUUAUUUCAGAAGAUGGAAGUACCCAAGUUACAACUUCACUGUAGCUGCAUUUUGGACUACCCAUUUGGUGAAAUCCACAGCACAACGAAACCCAAAUGAACUCAUCCACGUUUACGUCGACGAGGCCAAUGAAAAAUGGUCAAAAAAGGUGGAAAACUUCGACUACAUCGUCAUCAAUGGAGGCCACUGGUUCGACAAGCCCAUGAUAUUCUACGAGGAACAAAAAAUCAUAGGAUGUUACCACUGCUUCAUCAGCAACAUCACCAGCAAAACCAGGUUCUUCGGUUACAGAAAAGCCCUCAAAACAGCACUUCAAACUCUAAACAGCUUAGAAAACUUCAAGGGCACGACGAUCCUCAGAUCAUACGCACCAUCACAUUUUGAGAAUGGGCUGUGGAACGAAGGUGGGGAUUGUGUGAGAAGAGAACCAUUUAAAAGAAAUGAGGUGAAGUUAGGAGGUGAGGAUUUGGAGUUUUAUAAGAUACAGAUGGAAGAAAUUAGGGUUGCAGACGAAGAAGCAAAGAAGAAGAAGAUGAAGAAGAACAAGUUUAGGGUUCUCGAUGUAACAAAAGCGAUGCUUAUGAGGCCAGAUGGUCAUCCAAGUAAAUAUGGGCAUUGGCCGAAUGCGAAUGUGACUUUGUAUAAUGAUUGUGUGCAUUGGUGCUUGCCUGGGCCUAUUGAUGCGUGGAGUGAUAUGCUUUUGGAGAUGUUGAAGAUGGAAGGUGGGAAUGAUCAUCAUUAGCUUUAAUUAAUGAAUUAAUUGGCAUCACUUUGAUGGUCCAAUCUUAUAAAUAUUAUCAUAAAUGUGUGUCACACGAUUUCAAAAAUAGUGUCCAUAAUUCAAUAUUGCAAUUUAUAAUUUGCAUCACUUCAAUUUUUUA